CCACCCUCACUUCCUGUCCCGGGGUCUCCAUUGUGUGUUGUGGGGCGGAGGGGAGAGGAGGACUUUCUGCAAAAGGGGCAGCAGUGAAAAGGCUCCCUUGAUGGCUUCUCCACCGUCUCCUCCAUGUUGUGAAGGGAAAAGACCAGCCAUGCGGCCAGCUCAGAGUCCGGUGUCCUUCGAAGAGGUGGCUGUGCGUUUCACCCAGGGGGAGUGGAGCCUGCUGCGCCCGGCCCAGAGAGCCCUGUACAAGGAAGUCAUGCUGGAGAACUUUGGGAUCGUGGCCUCUCUGGAUCCCAUUCCAAGCUGGACUCCGCAGAGGAGAUUCAGGCAUGCUGGACAGAGAGAGAUGACUCCCCAGUGGCACCGCUGGAUCGCACCAGAAGGUUCCUUGGAGAGUAGCCACAACAUGGAGAAACCCUAAAAGAAGCAAGGAAAACGGACCCUGUUUUGCGACAAAAUGCAUGAGACACCAGAUACCCCUUGGGCAAAGAAGCAGGAUCCCUUCGCCUCUCCUAGGUGGGCCCACCUACUCCAAAUGCUCUUUUCAUUCAGGUUCAUGAU